AACUUCUGUGGAUACCGUAAUGUCGUGUACCUGCAACACAGCCAAACAGUUUCUCCUACUGAAAAAACCGUUAAAUGGGUCCCGCGUUGGCCGUUGGUCUUCCCUGACUCUCUCUCUACACAGACCUUCAAACAAAUUCCGCCAACGUCCAAUAAUUCCUGAUCUUAAUUUCCCUCUCAAGCCCUAACCCUAAUUCACUAACCACAUUCUCUCGUCCCAGCCAACCCUCAUUAAUUUCCAAAAUUUUAUGUUGAAAUCCAAGCUUCGGAUCCUUUAUAAUGAGAGUAUAUGCGUAUGAUUGAUCUGAAAAAAGGUUCACAUCACAGUGUUGUAUGUCCGAAUCUGUGUGUUCGAGAGGCAAUUGAGGAUGUCGAACUUGUACGGAGAUUACAACCAGAAGAUCGACUACGUGUUCAAGGUGGUGCUGAUCGGAGACUCGGCGGUGGGGAAGACUCAGCUGCUGGCUCGAUUUGCCAGGAACGAGUUCAGCGUGGAUUCGAAGGCUACAAUUGGGGUCGAGUUCCAGACGAAGACGCUUGUCAUCGACAAUAAGACCGUCAAGGCUCAGAUAUGGGACACUGCCGGCCAAGAGAGGUACAGGGCAGUCACAAGUGCAUACUACCGAGGUGCAGUUGGGGCAAUGUUAGUAUUUGACAUGACCAAGCGUCAAUCAUUUGACCACAUGGCAAGAUGGUUGGAAGAACUGAGGGGGCAUGCUGAUAAGAAUAUUGUUAUUAUGCUCAUAGGCAACAAGUGUGACUUGGGAUGUCUUCGAGCAGUGCCAACUGAAGAUGCCCAGGAGUUUGCUCAAAGAGAGAACCUAUUCUUUAUGGAGACAUCAGCUCUUGAGGCCACCAACGUCGAAACUGCAUUUUUUACUAUUCUAACAGAGAUAUACCGGAUUUUGAGUAAGAAGACGCUUGCUGCCAAUGAAGAGCUAGAUUCUACGGGGAAUUCGGGGCUUCUAAAGGGAACCAAGAUCAAUGUUCCUGGCCAAGAACAGGAACCCAGCAGGAAAGGCUGCUGCUUUUCCUCCUAAAUUUAGCUUAAACUCCUAUUGCCAUUUAUUUAGUUGUUUGUUUAUUUAUUGUUCUAAAUGUGUUCUUUUAGGCCCCAUUCCUUUCAACAAAAGCACACAUUUUGUAGGAGGAGGAUAUUCAUAUUGUUGGGCGAGUGCAUCAGUUAAACUGAUGUCCAAUAUGUAUGUUAUAUAUUCAAGUGUUUGUUGGUUUUGAGAUGUUCUUCGUCUGUGUGGAAAGGGAAGCUGCUUCCUUUGUUGAGAGUAUAGGUUUGUUAAUACAAAAGAUUCAUUUCUUCGGAAA